AUGUACUCCAGAGCUUACAUCUUGCUGGAAAGAGAGCUCCAGAAGAUACAAAACUACCCAAGUGAGGGUGUUACUGCUUUUCCUGUAAGUGAAGAUCUGAUGAACUGGGAAGCUCAGAUAGAAGGACUUCAGAAUUCAAUCUGGGAAGGGUUUGUCUUCCACCUGACAAUAGAUUUUACACCAGAGUACAACCUUGUUCCUCCAGUUGUGAAAUUUCUAACAAUUCCUUUUCAUCCAAAUGUAGACCCAUAUACCGGUCAGCCCAGUAUAGACUUUUUGGACAGCCGUGACAACUGGAACACAAAUUAUACAAUAAGCAGCAUCUUACUUGCUCUACAGGUGCUGCUCUCCAACCCUAUCCUAGAAAACCCAGUGAAUUUGGAAGCAGCCCAGCUGUUGAUUCAAGAUGAGUCUAUGUAUAAAGCAGUAAUUCAGAGACUUUCCCAGCCAGCACGACGACAAGGACAACUAAAAGAGGGCGGCCUAGAGUUAACUGAAGAGCCACAGGAGCAUUUCAGAGUAAUUAAAAAAAUCUCGUUUAAUGAUUACUACAAGACAUGGUCAGAGAUAGCCACGUCAAAAACUGCAGAACACUCCAAAAAUCCAUUUGUUGGAGAUCCAAAUUUCAUGGGACAGUAUUACAAAUGGAAGCGACAGGAUCUGCAGCAGCAGAAGCAGUGGAAGUUGAAGUAA